AGUUUUUAUGUAAUUUCUGAUUAAAAAAUUAAAAUAAUCGAUAUAAAAUACUGUUUAUCUAUUAAAUAAUGUUAAUAAUUAACCUAUUUUUAUCAUAAUUCAUCAUUUAAAUAACUUAUAACCAGUGUAAUUCCAUCGGUUCGGUAUUCGAGUAUGUUUAAAAAAUUAAAUUAUAUUUAAUUAAUUUUCAAAUAUAAUUAAAUUUUAAUGUAAUUUUUAAUUACUUAAAACAUUAAAAUAUGUAAUUAAAUUAAUUAUUGUGAGUUUUUUUUAUGCUUACAUAUACAAAAAAAUUAAUUUAAACUGUAGGUAAUUGUGUUUUAGUGUAGUGACGUGGAGAAUCCUUUUCAUUAAUUGAAAGGAAUUAUUUAAAGUUAGGACGUGUUAACGAGACUUAAAAUUCGCAGUAGGACUCUUAUUUCGGUCGAUAGUUUUCGUAAUAAGUUACGAAAUUUCUUUAGAAAUUUUCUGCAGGAUAUUGAUGCAAUGUAUUUUUUAAUAUAUCGAAAAAUAAUACAUUCAAAAGUACAGAAGUUAAAGAUGAAAACCUUACUCUUUCUCAUAUUAUUAGCUAUUUUUCAAUGUGUAUGUACGUUAAUGUGCGCUCCUUGUGAGGGUAAAUGCUCCGAUCCUGUGGGUUGUAAAGCGGGUUUAACGAAGGAUGUAUGCGGUUGUUGCUACAUAUGUGCUAAAUCCUUAAACGAAAGAUGCGGAGGAGUUUGGGGAGGGACUGGAAGAUGCGGUAGAGGAUUGGAGUGCGUGAAAAGAGAUCGUAUGCUUGUAGGUGUUUGCAAAUCAGCAAGGAAAAAACGCAAUUAUUUUUUAAUUAAUUAAACUAUUUUUUUGUAUUUUAAUAAAGA